AUGAAAUCCUGGACAGAUAUCUCUGGACUCUUUGCUGCGAUUGUCAGCAUGUUACUUGAUGUCGCGCUUUUCUGGAAAUAUAGGUUAAUGUCGUGGUGGCUGUCAAAGUCUCCCCAGACUAGGCUCCGACACAGUCUGGCUACAGCGCAGUCCUACGAGGAGUGGGAAGAGGCCGCCUUCGAGCUGGACGAGUAUCGCAGCGCCGACCUAUGGCGACAGAACCCUACAAGUCGGCAUUACGACUACCGUCUCAUCUUAGGAAGGCUAGAAGCUCUGAUGACUGCCCGAGAGGAGGAGGACAUUCUCACCUUGGCCAAUCUGCUCCGCUCAGGGCUUGUACGGAAUCUAGGCAACAUCACCUCUCCGAAGCUCUUCUUGCAUGCCUUUGCGGGUACAAAACUUCUCAUCGACGACUACAUCACACAGGUUGCGCUUUCUAUCCAGCACAUCACGGGUCUACACACCGCCCCGAUCCACGACAGUGGGUUCACUUCACAGGCGAAGCUGGAACUCCUGCACGACACCCGCCAAGCCUUUGGUAGGACCACGCUGCUCCUGCAGGGCGGGUCGAUCUUUGGGCUCUGCCACCUUGGCAUAGUCAAGGCCCUAUAUCUGCAGGGGCUUCUGCCUCGAAUCAUCACGGGAACUGGAACGGGUGCGCUGAUCGCGGCUCUUGUUGGAAUCCACACGGAGGAUGAGCUGUUGUCAUUCCUCGAUAGAGACGGGAUUGAUCUGACGGCCUUUGAUCGCAGACGCAAGGAAACCCCAUCUGACAAGCAUGGCUUCCGAUUCCCGUAUAACAGCGAGGAUGGCUGGCUGGCAACCUUAUUCCGGCGUGUCAAGCGAUAUCUGCAAAAGGGCUACUUCCUGGACGCGGAAGUCUUGGACGAGUGUGUGCGGGCCAAUCUGGGUGAUUUGACGUUCGAGGAGGCAUACGCGCGGUCGAAACGGAUCUUGAACAUUACAAUAGCAACUUCGGGUAAGAACGGCACUCCGCAUCUGCUGAACUAUCUUACGGCGCCGAAUGUGCUGAUUUGGUCCGCGGCAGUGGCCUCGAACGCGUCGGCGACUUCUCUCUUCAAGCCCGUCACAAUCUACUGUAAGGAUGAAACGGGCUCCAUCGUCCCCUGGCCACACUCUCAGGACGCCACCUUCCGCUCAUGGCGUCACAUCCACUACAACGACGGCGAGUCCCCACUCUCCCGGAUCGCCGAGCUGUUCAACGUCAACCAUUUCAUCGUGUCGCAAGCCCGGCCCUAUCUCGUCCCGUUCCUGGGCUCAGAUCUGAACCUGAUAGGCCGCCAACACACCGGCCGGUGGAACAUCACGCGGCCGCUCAUGCGUCUGGUCGCAGCGGAGCUACGCCAUCGCCUUCGGCAGCUGGACUACAUCGGCGUCCUGCCACAGGCCAUCGGCCGACUUCUCAUCGAGGAAACAAUCCCAGGAUCCAACCUCACGCUGGUCCCGGAACUGUCCCUGGGUGACUUCCCCAAGCUACUGCAGAAUCCAAGCAAGGAUAGUCUCGCCUACUGGAUCCUCAAGGGGGAAAGAGGCGUGUGGCGAGCCAUCAGUGCGCUCAAGGUGCGCUGCGUGAUCGAGAUCGAGCUCGAUAAGGGCUAUCAGCUCGUUCGGCGACGGCGGCCAAGCGAGAACCACCGCCGUGCUCCCAACGAGGGCGUUCCCAGACGACGCAGGGGGUAUAGUAUCGACAACGGGCGCGACGUGACCAGUUUGUUAGCCAGUGCGGAUUAUCAGCCAGAGGUUCCAGGAUCUUGA